UGAUGAUCAGUGUAGCCCCAGCAGUGCCACCUGUCAGUGUCCAUCAGUGCCAGCUGUCAGUGCUCAUACAUGCCACCUGCCAGUGCCACAUCAAUGCCACAUAUCAGUGCCUACCAGUGCACAUCAAUGCUACAUAUCAGUGCCCAUCUGAGCUGCCUUUCAGUGUCACCUAUCAGUGCCAGUCAGUGUCACCUAUCAAUGCCUUCAGUGCCGCCUAUCAGUGCCAGUCAGUGCCACCUAUCAGUGCUCAUCAGUGCCGCCUAUCAGUGCCCGUCAGUGCUGCCUAUCAGUGCUGCCUAUCAGUGCCAGUCAGUGCCACCUAACAGUGCCAUCAGUGCUGCUUAUCAGUGCCACCUAUCAGUGUCACUUAUCAGUGCCAUAUAUGAGUGUUGCCUUUCAGUGCCCAUCAGUGAUGCCUGUCAAUGCCCUUCAGUGCCACCUACCAGUGCCUCCUCAUCAGUG